CGGACCGCUUGGCCUUGUGAAGAGAUAGUGUUGUAGGCUGGGAAGUGGGGGGAGAAAGGGAGAGAUGGGGUUGAAGGUUUACGGGUUGCCGCUGUCUACGAACACGGUGAGGGUGGUAGCGGCGCUGAACGAGAAGGGCUUGGAAUACGAGCUCGUCCCCAUCGACCUCCGCACCGGCGCUCACAAACAGCCUUCCUUCCUCGCCCUCAACCCAUUCGGCCAGAUUCCUGUGCUGGAGGACGAAGAUAUCGUCCUAUUUGAAUCGCGAGCAAUAAACCGGUACAUCGUGAGCAAGUGCAAGGAGACCGGACCGGACCUGCUCCGGUCGGGAGCUGGAGCGAAGGAGACGGCGGCGUUGGAGGUGUGGCUGGAGGUGGAGUCGCAGCAUUUCGGGCCGCCCAUCGCGGAUCUGGUGUUCGAGAUCUUGAUCAAGCCGUUGUUCGGGGGAGCCACCGAUCCGGCGACGGUGGAGAAGCACGCGGAGAAGCUGGGCAAGGUCCUGGACGUGUACGAAGCCCACCUCUCCAAGAACAAGUACCUGGCGGGUGGUGAGUUCACCCUGGCGGACCUCAACCACAUGCCCUACACCCACUACCUCAUGAAGACCCCCAAGGCGGAUCUGGUCACCGCCCGCCCCCACGUGCUGGCCUGGUGGCAGGAAGUCUCCGCCCGGCCGGCCUGGAAGAAGACCGCCGCCGGCAUCCCCCUGUAACGAGAUGGAUGGCUUUCUGAUGCUCUGUUUUGGCUGGUCUAGAAUAUUUCAGUAGAAUAAAAUGGUGUGCCUUUGUGUGGCAUCCGAUGCAUUUAAACUUGCUUGAAUGAAUUGUGAGGUAGGCUUUUUAUGGAGCUGUUUAUGUUGCAUGGUUUGAGCUUGA